CGAGUCGGCAUUGUCAGGCGGUAGCACCGCGCGGGCCCGAGUGAGCCUCUCUGCCCGUGGGAUCCGUGCGGCGGCGCGAGGUCUCGGCGUCUCCGUCGGCGGAAGGGGCGAGGCCCGGCGAGCGCGGCCGAGCCCGGGCGCCUUCCCGGCGGGUGGGAGCUAGCGGGCCCGGCGGCGGCGUCACCGGCGGCGAGGAGCCGCGGCGCCCGCCCAACAUGUCGGAAGCGGGAGAGGAGCAGCCCAUGGAGACGGGCGCCACUGAGAACGGGCACGAGGCUGCCCCCGAGGGCGAAUCUCCGGCCGGGCCCGGCACGGGGGCCGCGGUGGGCACGGGCGGCGGGAGCUCGGCGCCCCCGGCCGGCAACCAGAACGGCGCGGAGGGCGACCAGAUCAACGCGAGCAAGAACGAGGAGGACGCGGGGAAAAUGUUCGUCGGUGGCCUGAGCUGGGACACCAGCAAGAAGGACCUGAAGGAUUACUUUACCAAAUUUGGAGAGGUGGUUGACUGCACCAUCAAGAUGGAUCCUAACACCGGCCGUUCGAGGGGGUUCGGGUUCAUCCUGUUCAAAGACGCGACCAGCGUGGAGAAGGUUCUGGACCAGAAAGAGCACAGGCUGGAUGGCCGUGUCAUUGACCCCAAGAAGGCCAUGGCUAUGAAAAAAGACCCAGUAAAGAAAAUUUUUGUGGGAGGUUUGAAUCCUGAAGCCACCGAGGAGAAGAUCAGAGAAUACUUUGGCGAGUUUGGGGAGAUUGAGGCCAUUGAGCUUCCAAUGGAUCCAAAGUCAAACAAAAGACGGGGCUUUGUUUUUAUCACCUUUAAAGAAGAAGAACCUGUGAAGAAGGUUCUAGAGAAAAAGUUUCAUACUGUCAGUGGCAGCAAGUGUGAAAUCAAGGUGGCACAGCCCAAAGAGGUGUAUCAGCAGCAGCAGUAUGGCUCUGGGGGCCGCGGGAACCGCAAUCGAGGCAACCGCGGCAGUGGCGGCGGUGGCGGCAGUGGAGGUCAGAGUCAGAGUUGGAAUCAGGGCUACGGCAACUACUGGAACCAGGGCUACGGCUACCAGCAGGGCUACGGGCCCGGCUAUGGCGGCUACGACUACUCGCCCUAUGGCUAUUACGGCUACGGCCCCGGCUACGACUACAGUCAGGGUAGUACAAAUUACGGGAAGAGCCAGCGACGCGGUGGCCACCAGAAUAACUACAAGCCAUAUUGAGGCUUCUGCAGGAUGCCGGCUGACCGCACACGCACUGUUUGGAUAUGAGUGAACACAAUUAUGUACCAAAUUUAACUUGGCAAACUUUCUAUGGCCUGUCCCAUCUUCAUCUUAUUUAAAAUUUCCCCCUGGAAAUCACUCUCCUGUUGACUACUUCCAGAGCUCUAGUUGUUUGAAACAGCGUGUGGGUCUGAGGCCAGAGCGGCAUUAGGGGCUGAUUUUAUUACCGGGUAACCCAGAACCCCAGAUUGGAGGGUCUGCUUCCAGGCCUUGCACCUGGACCUGUGGGCUCUGACUGUAAAAAGUAAACUGUAUCUUAGGAAACCAGUGUCACCUUUUUUUUACCAUUUAAUUUUAUAUUAUUUGUGUCAUACAUUUCCUGUAACGGAAGUGUUAAUUUUACUGUACUUUUUGGUACCUUUUGGGAAUCUAAUGUAUUGUAAGGUAUUUUACACGUGUCCUGAUUUUGCCACGACCUGGAUAUUGAAGCUAUCCAAGCUUUUGAAAUAAAAAUUUAAAAACCCCCAA